AUGCCUCCCAAGCACAAGAAGAAGCCCGUCAGCGACAAGCAGGCCUCUGAUUCAUCGAGCUUGUCUCCCGUGCAGACCACAACCAAUUACCGCGAAAUCCACCAGAACGAAGUCGAGGCCUUGCAGUCCAUAUAUGGCGACGACUAUGAACAGGUUGAGAACCGACGCUCGGCAUGGCAGCAAUCCUCUGAUGUGACCUUCAAACUCCACCUGCGAGCCUCCUCCAACCCGGAUGUCUUCCUUGUCCUGCUGGUUGAGCUGCCCGCCACGUACCCAAAAACAGUCCCCAAUCUCUCGUUGAGCAAUCUGAACGAUCUACGCGAUGGAGCCCGUUCGAGAGUGCAAGAGAUCAUUCGGAACAAACCGAAGACACUUCUGGGAAGUGAAAUGAUCUAUGAGCUGGCAGUAUCAAUCCAAGAUGUUUUGGAGGACGUCGCCCAGGCUCGGGAGCAGGACAAGGACCUGCCAAGCCUCGAGGAAGAGCGAAUGGAGCAGGAAGCUGCAGCCAUGCAACAAGCCGAGCGGGAGAAGCAAGAGGAGCUCCGGAAGCAGGAAGCCGCAAAUGCAGAAGAAGAUCGCGCACUGCAGGAAAUGAUCCAGGAUACGAUUCGACAGCGGACCAAAGCGCGCACUAUGAGGCGCAAGAGUCGAAUUGGCGGGGUUGAAUCGAACGAGGUCGGCGACCUUACAGAAAGUACCCCUGGUGCCAUCGCCUUUGACCCCCCAUUAGAGGUGAAUGACACCGACGAACAGCCCCUGGCCUUCCGUGCCGUUCAUGGAAAGUCCCUGCUGCAAAGCAGGCAAUUCAAGAAGACGUUUAUUGUGCGACCCGUCGUUUCCGAAAGCUGUUCAUCUGUUCCUCAACUCGUUCUCAAGGAGAUUAUCUUGCACGAGAAGGGGUCAGAUGCCUUGACAUUCCGAGAGCAAAUGCGGAGCAGCGAGGAUAAGCUAGAGGGGCUGAAACGACUACGGCAUCAGAACUUGAUUGAUUUUGUGGGAUUCAAGAUUGACCGCCCGCCGACACCAUACGAUUCACCUGAUAACUCCUGGACCGUGUUUCUUCUUCUAGAAUUUGCAAACAAAGGAUCACUUUCGGAGCUCCUUGAUAUUGUCGGCACUGUUGCUGUUGAGAUGCUCCGUGGCUGGAUGAUUCAACUUCUCGAGGCCCUGGAAUUUUACCACCGCAGUGGCUUCGUCCAUGGCAACAUUCACUGUGGCUGCGUGAUGCUCUUCAGAAAUCCUUCCGGUGGGACCAUCGUGAAGUUGCGAUCCAGUAUCGAAGAGGCUUUGCCAGAAAGCCCUGGAGCGAAGCGUUCGUUAACAACGUCCAAGUCGCCACUCUGGCUGCCUCCGGAGCUGACACAGGAUGGUGCGUCGCCUACCAUGAAGACGGACGUCUGGGAUUUGGGUAUUGUCCUGCUUCAAAUGGGCUUUGGGAAGGAUGUUCUCCAGCGGUAUACCUCAGCCAAUCAACUGAUGGUGUCAAUGGGACUCUCGCCGCCGCUGCAAGACUUGCUUCGUGAAUUCUUCCGUCCAGACCCGCGCAAGCGCCCGACUGCAUUCCAGUUGCUGCCUUCUGAAUUUUUCCGUGUGGAUGCUCCUUUGGCCAUGCGGGAUAGAGCUUCGAACUCAGUUUCACUACAGAGGCGGCCAGGGAUGGACUCUCUCGGGGUUAUGCCAAACCUUUCGCGAUAUCAUCAAGAUUUUGAUGAAGCAGGGCAGCUGGGUCGUGGUGGCUUUGGACAAGUGGUGAAAGCGAGAAAUAAGCUCGAUGGCCGCUUUUAUGCUGUCAAAAAGAUCUCGCAAACCUCAGCUGCGGCACUGAAAGACACGCUGUCAGAAAUCAUGCUUCUAUCCCGACUGAAUCACCCCUACGUUGUCCGGUACUACACCGCAUGGUUGGAAGAAGACUUUAACCAGAUUGAAGAGGAGGCUAUUUCCUCCACAGAAGGCGAUCCUUUCGCUAGCCAGGGCGGGCACGAUUUCAGCACAGGCGGUCUUGACUUCAUCAGUUCCAGUGGCUAUCCCAAAAUCGAAUUCGCCGCUUCAGAUAGUGAAGAAGAAGAUGAAGGCACAGUUUCUGAGCAAGGCACCGGAGAGACAUUUGGAAUUUCUGCAGCUGGCACUGGACAAGGCGCCGAACUCGCCCGUGUGAGAUCUGGCUCUUAUGCACGGCCCGUGCUAACGACACUCUACAUCCAAAUGGAAUACUGCGAGAGACAUGUGGGGACCCUGCGCGACUUGAUCAAGAAUGGAUUGUAUGACGAUAUUGAUCGCUCUUGGCGCCUGUUUCGACAAAUUCUUGAUGGCUUGAGCCAUAUCCACAGCCAUGGCAUAAUCCACCGCGAUCUCAAACCAGACAAUAUUUUCAUUGAUGUAGCCAAUAAUCCUCGGAUCGGGGAUUUUGGUCUUGCUACUAGUGGUCAGUUCACAACCGCCGUUCGCUCAUCUGCAGCGGCAGACUUUGAAGGCAACUUCACUCGCAGCCUUGGGACGACGUACUAUGUUGCACCGGAGAUGAAGUCUGGAUUCUCCGGACACUACAACGAGAAAGUUGAUAUGUUCUCGCUCGGUGUCAUUUUCUUCGAAAUGUGCCAGCCGCUGCCGACGAACAUGGAACGAGACAAAACAUUGCGCUCAAUCAGAGAAAAGAAUCAUGUCUUACCAUCUACAUUCCAAGAUUCUGAAAAAGCAGUCCAGGGUCAAAUCAUAGAAUCACUCUUGAGCCACAAUCCGAACGAGCGUCCCUCGGCAUCCGAUCUUCUUCGCGAGGGCAAGAUCCCUCUCCAGGUAGAAGAAGAAACCUUCCGGAGAGCUAUUGUGCAUUUGCUGUCAGACCCGAACUCACCAGACUACAAGAAAAUUCUCUCGGCCAUAUUCUCCCAAUCUCCAAAGAAAUUUGAAGACAUUGCCUGGGACAUGGAUUCCCACCAUGCACCAGCAGCCAAUGAGUUGCUUGUUCAAGGGCUUGUCAAAAAGAAACUGACUUCGAUAUUUCGAAGACAUGGGGCUGUAGAAUCACCUCGUCAAACGCUUUUCCCACGGUCUCAACAUUAUUCAGGUGGAGCUGUGCGGCUGUUGGAUUCAGCUGGCAACCUUCUACAAUUACCGUUCGACUUGACAGUGCCGAACGCACGCGCUAUUCCGCGACAGGAUCCAUCAUUGGAGAAGACUUUCGCUUUUGGCACAGUCUACAGAGAAUCCAGUCAUGGCAGUGAGCCCAGGUCUCACCGCGAAGUCGACUUUGACAUCGUCUCCUACAACACACUGGAUCUAGCACUGAAGGAGGCGGAGGUGAUAAAAGUCCUGGAUGAGGUCCUUGAGGAAUUUCCUCCGCUGCGGUCUGCUCCAAUGUGUUUCCUUGUCAACCACUCGGACCUGUUGCAACUGAUUAUGGAAUUCUGUCGCAUUACACCCUCUCAGAUCCCGUUGGUGAAGGAAGUGAUCAGCAAACUGAAUGUUGGAAAAUAUACGAUGCAGAAGAUCCGAAGUGAACUUCGAUCCCCAGCCAUUGGCGUUGCUUCAACUUCCUUGGACGAUCUUGCUCGAUUUGACUUCCGAGAUUCGCCGAAGGGAACCCAGCGGAAGCUCCAGACUAUCAUGGAGGGGACCGAAUUCGCGGAGCGGAUUGCUCCUAUAUUCGCGCGACUGAAUGUUCUCAUGACGUACAUCCAGAGCUUUGGCGUGAAGACAAAGGUCUACAUCAAUCCACUCAGCAGCCUGCACGACAAGUUCUACAGAGGCAGUGUGCUUUUCCAGUUGGUUUUUGACAGCAAGCGGCGAGAUGUGUUCGCGGCGGGUGGUCGAUAUGAUGGCCUGAUAAAGGAGUUCGCACCCAAGGUCUUGUCCAGUCGCCCGCAAGCGCACGCCGUGGGAUUCAACCUUAGCUCUGAUCGUCUCGUUUCCUCCAUGGUCGACUACAUGAAGGUCAAGGCUCCACCAAAAGAUUCUGAAGCUGGUGCUGAGCUCUACUGGACAACCCGAAGGUGCGAUGUACUCGUCGCCAGCUUCGACGCCACCGUCCUUCGCACAACGGGGGUGAAGUUGACCGAAGAUCUCUGGACAAACAACAUCAGUGCCGAAUUGGCAGUAGAUGCCUCAUCUCUUGAAGAACUUCUGGCCAAAUACAAAGACCAUAAUCACCGAUGGAUCGUCAUCGCGAAACAAGACAGCAAAGAGCGUGGGUUCAAAGUCCGCAACCUGGUUCGCAAGGAGGAAUUCGAUAUCCGCAGCGCAGAACUCGUGCCCUGGCUUCGAGCAGAGGUCCAAGCACGCCACCACCGCGAGGGAACAGCCGACCAGCGCCAGUCUCGUUUGCCGGGCCAGCAAGAUACAUUGGCAUCGAAUGAGAAGGCGAACGACGUGCGCAUUCUCGUCCCACAGCACCGGAGCAAGAAGACCAACCGGAGGAAUAUCGUUGAGUCAGCCCUUUUGAGUUCGCGCGAAGUCGCCGAAAACGCCCGCAACGGUCCCAUCGCCGCUAUCGACACGCGCGACGACGUCCUCAACUCUAUCCGCGACACGCGCCUCGCUGACCCGGACAGCUGGCGCACUGUCAUUCAGAAUGCGCCGCUGACGGAACGCAAAUAUCUCAGCCAGGUCUACGAGCUGCUUACGGAUCUGGCAGCCGAGAGCCGUGCUGGCGGGGAGAACAAGGAGAGCUAUACUAACGCCUUUAUCUACAACUACCGCACUGGCUCGUGUGUGUAUUAUGACCUCGGAUACAGUGGAUGA